UAGUGUUUAUUCUUAAUUCAUAUCGCAAAUAAAAAUAAAAAUGUCUCGAAAUAAUGCUUCGAAUAUUGACGUUGAUGUCAUCAAAGGUCUGAGCCAACCGUCAGCAUUGCACGAUGAACUCGUGCGCUACAUUCUGUCCACCGUAGGCUGUAAAUUACACAACGAAUCUACGCUAAGAUUCGUAUCUCACGCGGCACAGAUAUCACUAGAGAAGCUUAUCAAGGACGCCAAAGAUAUUCAAGUGAUAAAUAAAUCAAAUACCGAUUCCAAAGGAGGACGGAUGUCACUUGACGAAAUACGUGAACUUGACUAUCAAACUAUUGUUGAGGCUUUACAGAAGAGGGACCCUACGGCACAUAAUUACACAGUAUUCCUCGAGCCAAACAUGGAAUUCUGAUAUUAUAUAAAGUGAAUAAUCCAUGUCUACUCGAGUAGCC